AUGUCUGGAAGAAAUCGUGGGCCUCCAAUGCCAAUGAAAGGUAUGCCACAUGCCGGUAUGCCUCGACCAGUUCAUGAACCUGCUCCGUUCCCCCGUGGCCUUGGGCCACUUGUGCAUCAUCCUGCACUGCUAGAUGAUAUGAGAGAACCACAUAUGGGGAUUGGUGGCCCUAGACAACUUCCGCCGCACCCUGCUAUUAUCGAGGAGCAAUUGGCUGCCCAACACGAUGACAUUCAAGGGCUACUUAUUGACAAUCAGAGAUUGGCUGCAACACAUGUGGCACUCAAGCAGGAAUUGGAAGUUGUGCAGUUUGAGCUUCAGAGGACACAUAAGUAUGCAGGUGCAUUGCAUGCAGAGAAAGAUGCACAACUACGAGAACUUCAUGAGAAGUCCGUCAAAAUGCAAGCGGAUCUUCAAGGAGCGGAUGCAAUGAGGUCUGAGCUUAUGCAGGUUCAUACCGAUGUAAAUGAGUUAAGAACUGCAAGACAAGAACUUACCUCCAGGGCUCAGCUGAUGACCGAAGAUUUGGCCAGAAUGACUGCGGAGUUGCAACAAGUUCCAGCGAUUAGGGCAGAGAUUGAUGGUCUGAAACAGGAACUAAUACGUGUUAGGUCUGCCAUUGAAUAUGAGAAAAAGGGGUAUGCUGAAAACUUUGAGCAUGGUCAGGUUAUGGAGAAGAAGUUGGUAUCAAUGGCAAGGGAGUUGGAGAAACUUCGUGCCGAAGUGGCCAAUGCACAAAAGAGAUCUCAUGCUAGUGCUGCAAUGGUGAAUCAAGGUACUGGUUAUAACGCAAACUAUGUGAAUCCAGAAGCUGGCUACCCAGUAAAUCCUUAUCCACCUAAUUAUGGAAUUGAUCCUCCAAAUUCCAUGCAUCAUAUGCAAACUGGCAUGGAAGGUUAUCCUCAGUAUGGACCUGGACCUGGUGCUUGGGGUACUUAUGACGUUCAACGAUCUCAGGGACCCAGAUAA